AUGGCUGCUGAGAGAGCGAUGAGUUUACUAAAUGGUUUGGUCAAUGAGGCGGUGCUAGCACCGGUGAGAGAGGAGCUGGCCGCACGCAAGGAGGAGGUGAAUGAGCUGCGGCACAUGCUGACUGUUGCGGAGGAGAGGAACGAGGCAAUGGCUGCUGUGAUGAAGGAGAAGGAGAGAGAGUUGGCAGCAGUGAGGAGGGAGUUGGCUGAUCUCAAAGGUGCGAUGCUUGAGAAACGGGAUGUGGCUGAGAGGAGAGACUCAGAUAUGCGAGAGAUGAGGGAGGAGAUUGUUGCAGUGAAGGGGGAGAUGGGUGAGGUGAAGGGGGAGGUGGUUGAGCACAAGCAGUCAACUACUUUGCAGCUUGAGGAGGGUGAGAGGAGACGAGUGUUAGAGAUGAUAGGGCAGGAGGAGGAGAGGGAGAUGGGUGGGGUGAAGGGGGGGGUGAAGGGGGAGGUGAAGGGGGAGGUGAAGGGGGAGGUGAAGGGGGAGGUGGAGGGGGAGGUGAAGGGGGAGGUGAAGGGGGAGGUGAAGGGAGAGGUGAAGGGAGAGGUGGAGCGGGAGACGGGUGAGGAGAAGGGGGAGGUGAAGGGGGAGGUGAGGGGGGUGAUGGGGGAUGUGGCCGCACUGAAGGGGGAGGUGGGAGUGGUGAAGGGAGAGGUGAGUGAGGUGAAGGGAGAGGUGAGUGAGGUGAAGGGGGAGGUGGGUGAAGUACAGGGGGAGGUGGGUGAAGUACAGGGGGGGAUGGGUGAGGUACAGGGGGGGGUGGGUGGGCACAACCAGUCCACUUCAUUACAGUUGGAGGAGGGUGAGAGCAGUCGAGUGGCUGAGAUGAGGGAGAUCAGAGGGCAGAUGGAGAAGAGGGAGAGGGAGCUGGCAGCAUUAAAGGUGGAACUGGAGGAGGGUGAGCAGGAAAGAGCAGCGGGUUUGAUUGAGCUGAGACGACAGGUGGAGGAGAGGGAGAGGGAGCUGGGAGUAGUGAAGAGGAAGUUGGCAGCAGUGAAGGGCAAGAUGGCUGGAUUGAAGGAUGCUCGCAUGCAGUUGGAUGCUCGCAUGCAGUGGGAGAUGGAUGUUGAUCUGCAAAUCAGCGAGAGUGAAGGCGAUGAGAAGACGGCAUGGCAGGUGCUGGCAUGGUGCAUGUGGGGAGGCUGA